AUGAAACACUGCGAGGUGGAUAUGCGCAUCCUCGCGUCUCUUCUCGAGCCAGCAUUAGCAACAACAGCGGCGUCACCAGCCACGUCGCCCACGGCAACACUGCAGGUACCGCCAGCCACGUUGCCGGACGCAGGAGGAGAGCCAGCAGAAACCACAAGAGAAGAGGCGUCUCCACCUGCGUCACCAUCCGCAGUACCAGUUGAACGACCAGCUGCACCACAAGUGGUUGCACCAGCCGCGUCACCAGCCACAACAGGAGUGGCCAAGGAGGCCACAACACAACUGCAGUCUCCAGCCGUAUUGCCGUCCACAACACAACUUGAACCAGCAGCUGCUACACACAUGGCAUCUCCCGCCACGUCCCCAUCUACAACACAUGUCUCAUCAGACGUGACACAAGUGACGUCGGCACCUAAAAUUGAAGUGGCGUUGCCACCCACAACGAGAGCAAUUCUUCGAGCCUCAUCGCCAGGCAUAACGGAAGUUACAGCACCAGCAGCCUAUCUAACCACAAAACAUGUAGCCUCAUUACCUUUAGAGCAGUUGGUGUCCAAUGCAUGGCCGUCAGCCUCCACACAAAUAUCAUCCGCCAUCCCCAUUGCCUGCUACAGCAGGCAUCCUAUUACCAGUCGUGUUGUCAGAUACAACACUCAGAAAGUAACCAGUGCUGUUGCCAGAUACAACAUCCGUCAAGGCACCAAACCUGUUGCCAGAUACAGCACACGCUGUGUCACCAGUCCUGCUGCUGGAUACAGCACACAUCCUGUCACCAGCCUUGCUGCCCGAUUCAGCACACGCAGUGUCACCAAUCCUGCUGCCGGAUUCAGCACACGCUGUGUCACCAGUCCUGCUGCUGGAAUCAGCACACGCAGUGUCACCAGUCCUGCUGCCAGAUUCAGCACACGCAGUGUCACCAGUCCUGCUGCCGGAUUCAGCACACGCAGUGUCACCAGUCCUGCUGCCGGAUUCAGCACACACAGUGUCACCAGUCCUGCUUCCGGAUUCAGCACACGCAGUGUCACCAGUCCUGCUGCCAGAUUCAGCACACGCAGUGUCACCAGUCCUGCUGCUGGAUUCAGCGCACGCAGUGUCACCAGUCCUGCUGCCGGAUUCAGCACACGCAGUGUCACCAGUCCUGCUGCCGGAUUCAGCACACGCAGUGUCACCAGUCCUGCUGCCGGAUUCAGCACACGCAGUGUCACCUGUCCUGCUGCCCGAUUCAGCACACGCAGUGUCACCAGUCCUGCUGCCCGAUUCAGCACACACAGUGUCACCAGUCCUGCUGCCAGAUUCAGCACACGCAGUGUCGCCAGUCCUGCUGCCAGAUUCAGCACACGCAGUGUCACCAGUCCUGCUGCCAGAUUCAGCACACGCAGUGUCACCAGUCCUGCUGCCGGAUUCAGCGCACGCAGUGUCACCAGUCCUGCUGCCGGAUUCAGCACACGCAGUGUCACCAGUCCUGCUGCCGGAUACAGCACACGCAGUGUCACCAGUCCUGCUGCCGGAUUCAGCACACGCAGUGUCACCAGUCCUGCUGCCCGAUUCAGCACACGCAGUGUCACCAGUCCUGCUGCCCGAUUCAGCACACACAGUGUCACCAGUCCUGCUGCCAGAUUCAGCACACGCAGUGUCACCAGUCCUGCUGCCCGAUUCAGCACACGCAGUGUCACCAGUCCUGCUGCCCGAUUCAGCACACACAGUGUCACCAGUCCUGCUGCCAGAUUCAGCACACGCAGUGUCACCAGUCCUGCUGCCAGAUUCAGCACACGCAGUGUCACCAGUCCUGCUGCCAGAUUCAGCACACGCAGUGUCACCAGUCCUGCUGCCGGAUUCAGCGCACGCAGUGUCACCAGUCCUGCUGCCGGAUUCAGCACACGCAGUGUCACCAGUCCUGCUGCCCGAUUCAGCACAUGCAGUGUCACCAGUCCUGCUGCCCGAUUCAGCACACACAGUGUCACCAGUGCUGCUGCCAGAUUCAGCACACGCAGUGUUACCAGUCCUGCUGCCGCAUUCAGCACACGCAGUGUCACCAGUCCUGCUGCCAGAUUCAGCACACGCAGUGUCACCAGUCCUGCUGCCGCAUUCAGCACACGCAGUGUCACCAGUCCUGCUGCUGGAUUCAGCGCACGCAGUGUCACCAGUCCUGCUGCCCGAUUCAGCACGCGCAGUGUCACCAGUCCUGCUGCCAGAUUCAGCACACGCAGUGUCACCAGUCCUGCUGCUGGAUUCAGCGCACGCAGUGUCACCAGUCCUGCUGCCGGAUUCAGCACACGCAGUGUCACCAGUCCUGCUGCCGGAUUCAGCACACGCAGUGUCACCAGUCCUGCUGCCGGAUUCAGCACACGCAGUGUCACCUGUCCUGCUGCCCGAUUCAGCACACGCAGUGUCACCAGUCCUGCUGCCCGAUUCAGCACACACAGUGUCACCAGUCCUGCUGCCAGAUUCAGCACACGCAGUGUCGCCAGUCCUGCUGCCAGAUUCAGCACACGCAGUGUCACCAGUCCUGCUGCCAGAUUCAGCACACGCAGUGUCACCAGUCCUGCUGCCGGAUUCAGCGCACGCAGUGUCACCAGUCCUGCUGCCGGAUUCAGCACACGCAGUGUCACCAGUCCUGCUGCCGGAUACAGCACACGCAGUGUCACCAGUCCUGCUGCCGGAUUCAGCACACGCAGUGUCACCAGUCCUGCUGCCCGAUUCAGCACACGCAGUGUCACCAGUCCUGCUGCCCGAUUCAGCACACACAGUGUCACCAGUCCUGCUGCCAGAUUCAGCACACGCAGUGUCACCAGUCCUGCUGCCAGAUUCAGCAGACGCAGUGUCACCAGUCCUGCUGCCAGAUUCAGCACACGCAGUGUCACCAGUCCUGCUGCCGGAUUCAGCGCACGCAGUGUCACCAGUCCUGCUGCCGGAUUCAGCACACGCAGUGUCACCAGUCCUGCUGCCCGAUUCAGCACAUGCAGUGUCACCAGUCCUGCUGCCCGAUUCAGCACACACAGUGUCACCAGUGCUGCUGCCAGAUUCAGCACACGCAGUGUUACCAGUCCUGCUGCCGCAUUCAGCACACGCAGUGUCACCAGUCCUGCUGCCAGAUUCAGCACACGCAGUGUCACCAGUCCUGCUGCCGCAUUCAGCACACGCAGUGUCACCAGUCCUGCUGCUGGAUUCAGCGCACGCAGUGUCACCAGUCCUGCUGCCCGAUUCAGCACGCGCAGUGUCACCAGUCCUGCUGCUGGAUUGAGCACACGCAGUGUCACCAGUCCUGCUGCCGGAUUCAGCACACGCAGUGUCAGCAGUCCUGCUGCCAGAUUCAUCACGCGUUCUGUCACCAGUCCUGCUGCCAGCUACAACAUGAUUCGCAUUGCAAGAUUCUGA